CAGCUGAGGCUUGUUUCAGUCGCUUCAUUCAAAGUCUCCAUCCUCCUUUUCUCCUCCUCACUUUCUCUCCUCCUCCUCCUCCUCUUCCUCUCUCACUCCUCCAGCUUUGUUCACUUGUCGAGUCAUCAGCCACGGUGCGCCGGAUGUGACGUGUGCUUGCGCCUGCUUUUCACUCAACUUUAUUGACAGCUAGCUUGUCGCAGCUAACCGGCUAACUUGUCUUGAGCUGACGUGACGGGGAGAAGCUCCGAGCUCAGCUCGAGAUCGAACCUACGACCAGCAGCUCCGUGGGUUCAGGAGGCUGCUACCAUGGAGCCGGCCUGGCGUCAGCAGGGCCGGGGUCGAGGCCGCAGCCAGGAGCCCCAGGGUCAGAGGUCACGACCCCCGCAGGCAGAGAGGCCGGCAGCCGCUGCAGGAGCGUGGGCCCCGGGACGAGGGGGGAAGACGAAGAGCCCCGUGGCUCCUGAGCCUCCACAAGUGACCGCAGAGUCUGUUCAGUCCAAGUUCGAGGAGAUCAAGAAGUCCAACCAGGCUGCUGCUCAGCGACUGGUGGAGAACCGCCUGAGCUCCUCCUCUGACGACGACGAUGAUGAUGAUGAAGGAGAUGUUGACCAUAAGGAUGGAAAGAGGGGGAAGAUCCUGGCGUCGACCUUCACCACCUACACUGACCAGACAGGUGGCGAUGGCUCAGGUCUUCUCAGGACGGGUCAGUACGUCAGUGACCUGUUUCAAUCCGGAGCUCUCACCUGCCUCAUCUGCAUCGGCUCCGUCAAGAGGACGCAGGCGGUGUGGAGCUGCUCCAGCUGUUUCUCCCUCUUCCACCUGCCCUGUAUUCAGAAAUGGGCCAGAGACUCUGCCUUUCUCGUCUCCUCCGUCACUGAUGAAGACUUCGGUCAGAAGAAGCAUCCCUGGCCCUGUCCAAAGUGUCGAGCUGAAUAUCCCCCCAGCGCCACGCCCAACAGGUACAUGUGUUACUGUGGGAAGCUGCAGGAUCCUCCAGCUGACCCCUGGUUGGUUCCUCACUCCUGUGGCUCCGUCUGUCAGAAGGAUCUUAAACCCGCCUGUGGACACACCUGCCUGCUGCUCUGUCAUCCUGGUCCGUGCCCUCCCUGUCCCAAGAUGGUGCCAGUUUCCUGUAUGUGUUGCAAAUCAAAGCCCCUCCCCCGUCGCUGUAGCAACAAGGCCUGGUCCUGUCAGAAGCAGUGUGGCAGGUUACUGCCCUGUAAACAACACAACUGUACACAGCCCUGUCACACAGAAUGUUCUCCAUGUCCUAGAGUCAGUGUUCAGAAGUGUAUGUGUGGUAGAGAGAAGGCAGAGAGGCCCUGUGCCAGCCCUGAGUGGAACUGUCAGCAGGUAUGUGGUUCUGUCCUCUCCUGUGGGAAUCACACCUGUGAGCUCUUGUGUCACGACCGAGUCUGUCCUCCAUGUCCCCGCUCAGUCAGCAGAUGCUGUCCCUGCGGCAAGACCAAGUCGUCUCUGCCAUGCACAGAGGAAGUGGCGCUGUGCGGCGACACAUGUGACCGCCGCCUGUCGUGUGGAAAACACACGUGUGCUAUGAGGUGUCACCGAGGGAGCUGCGAGACCUGCAGACAGGAGGUGGAGAAGGAGUGCAGGUGUGGCAAAUACAGGAAGUUGAUGCCGUGUCAUAAAGAAUAUCUGUGCGACUCCAAAUGUCCCAAAACCAGAAGCUGCCAGCGACACCAGUGUAGGAGAAAGUGUUGCCCCGGUAACUGCCCCCCAUGUGACCUGAGCUGUGGGCGAACUCUGGGAUGUCGAAACCACAAGUGUCCCUCUGUGUGUCACCAAGGGAGCUGUUAUCCGUGUCCAGAGUCGGUGGAGGUCCCGUGCUCGUGUUCCUUAACGGUUCUGGUCGUCCCCUGUGGUCGAGAGAGGAGCACCAAACCCCCCCGCUGCAAGGAGCUCUGCGGUAGUCCUUCGUCCUGUCACCACCCGACCAGAGAGACCCACCGCUGCCACAUCGGGACCUGCCCCCCCUGCAGGCAGCCCUGCCUGCUGCCGCUGCCCAGGUGCAGCCACACCUGUCCGCAGCCCUGCCAUGACAUGGUGCUGGUCAAGUCCCAGCAGGUGAAGUUAGCAGGUCCAUGGGAGCAGCCUUCUGAACCUGCGUUUGUGAAGAAAGCUCUGCCCUGUCCGCCAUGUCAAGUCCCAAUACCAACGUCCUGUUUUGGGAAACAUGAGGUCAGUCCGGUGCCUUGUCAUCGUCGGGGUCCUUUCUCCUGUAAAAGACUUUGCGAACGACCUUUGACCUGUGGCAACCACGACUGCAGCAAGGAGUGUCAUGUAGUUACCGAGCGCAACAAGUGUGAGGUGUGUGACGAGGACUGUUUGAAACCCCGUCCCCCGGGCUGUCCCCACCCCUGCACACGCCGCUGUCAUCCAGGCGACUGCCCUCCCUGUGGGCAGAUGAUCCGCCAGCGCUGCCACUGCAAGAUCAGCCUGCUCUACGUGGAGUGCAUGAAGUUGAUGUCGGCCGAUGAGAAGACGAAGGUGGAGCUGAGCUCCUGCAACAACCAGUGUCCUAAAGAGCUGAAGUGUGGUCAUCGCUGUAAGCAGGUGUGUCAUCCAGGUGUGUGUGCGGAGAAAUGUCAGCAGAAGGUGAAGCUGCGGUGCCCCUGCAAGAGGAUCAAGAAGGAGCUCCUGUGUUCUCUGUCGACUCAGUGUGAUGUUCAGUGUGACGACAACUGCAAAGAUCAGCAGAUGAGAGUCAGCCAGCUGAAGGAGGCGGAGCAGAGAGUGGCUCAGGAGGAGGAGCAGAGGAAGCUUCAGGAGGAGCUCGAGGCGUUUGAGAAGCGCCAGCAGCGAGGAGGUCGGCGGAGUAAGAAGCGGGGGAGGAGAGAGGAGGUGGACGACGAGGAGGGGAGGAAGGGGAGGUGGUGGAGGAGGUGCGCCGCCAUCGUCCUCGUCCCAGUGGGCGGAGCUUUGCUGUCCGCCGCCGCCUACUACCUCCUCACCACGGCGUGAGCUGACACAUGGCUGCCUCUCUCCGAACUUUCUCUUUUCAUUCUUUUGUCUCAUCUUCUUGUUUUUCUGUCGUCUUUUACUCUUUGUUUGAUUCUUCUAUCUUUUAUUGAACAGUUUUUUUGAAUAUUGAUUAUAAUCCCUGACGUGAACAGCCAUAAUAAGGGCUGAAAUUUAAGGUCAUGUCAAAUUUUUAGUAAUCUGAUUAUUUUUUCCAUUAUUAAUUGAGCAGAAAGUAAAUGAGGAAAAUGUGUUUUUAUGAAUUUAAUAAUUCCUCGUCGUACAUUAAGUUACACAUCAGUUUGAGAACAAUUCACUGAUUUUGAGGAAAAGCUGAAGAAGGAGAAAUCAACAUAAAAAAUCUUAAAGCAACAUCGGAACAUUUUGCUUAUAUUAUACAUCACAGAUUACCUUUUAUUCAAUAUUAUUGAUGUUUUCAUCUUAUGUAUGUUAAAAACCUGUCAUCGAUUUCCUCACGGAUGUGGAGAAAUCAAGUUUCUUGAUUUGUUAAGUGCUCGUCAAAAUUCUAUUUGAUGUGAAGACGUUUCCGUUAAUAACGUCAGAAACUUAAACGCGUCUUUUUCUUUGGUGCUGAAACAUUUGACAGAUGGAACGUUUAAAUAUAAUUUUUCUUUUUGUCUUUUUGUUUUUCGUUUAAAUAAAAUGUAUAAAUCUGUUAUAGUUUGGUGAUUUUACGAUCUCUGUCCCGCAGCUGAGAGUUAAAGUUCAACUUCUUUAAUUACGUUACUACGCGAUGAUAAUGAGAUUUGUUUACAGGAGUGAACAGACAGGGGGCGCUGUUCCUCCAGAGCUAACACAUAAAAGACAAUGGACUGAUGCAAACCGCAGAGUUAUUUAACAUACUGUUUUCUGAAGUAAGAAUAAUUCUGUAGGAACAAGCUGAGAAACCCCACCUCACAUGUCAUUCAUGAUUUGACUCAAUAAAACUUUCUUGAAUCCA